GAGUUAUGGAAUGCAAUGUAACCAAACCUACUGAAACCCAGCAGUGUGUCGGAGCACUUGGGGAGCCACUGAUUUUUCACCUGCCAGUUAAUGAAACUAUAAAAACAACGCUGAUAAAGGGUAGUAAAUUAUUAAUCAAUCUUAAUGGCAGUACACAAAAAGAUACGAAAGCAGAAAAAGGCAGAUCAAAGAACCCAUCCACAAAACUCGAUAAUGGAACAUUGAGGAUUAAUCAGACAACAAAGAACGACGCUGGAGUUUAUCAGCUUGAAGUACACUCAUCUUCCAAUGGCAAAUUACUGCAGAAAACCAACAUCAGCCUAAAAAUACUAGCUGCAGUGACACAACCAGCUGUGUCUCACAGGUGUUUGUCAGCAGAACAGAUGACCGUCAGCUGCUCAGCUGAGGGAGAUGAAGUGGACUUCACUUUGUCUUUGGACAACAACAUACUGAUACACAGCACACCAGAGAGGACAGAAAGCCAAACCCUUACUGAGAUAACCAUCAGGCUACACGGUCAACUUGUAGGAAAGCUGGUGUGUGAUGUUCAGAACAACGUCAGCAGGAAGCAGACAGACGUCCAGGUGACAGGCUGUGGAAGCAGAGCAGGUGAUGAUGAUGAAGAUGAAGUCGUGUACUCAGAUGUCAGAGUGACCCGUGCUGCCCGU